AUGUUCUCGCACAUCAUCAACCCGGAAGAGCUCAAGGAAACGCCUUCAUGGUUAGCCCUGAACCCCGACUACUCCUACAAGCUUGUAGGCUUGUCUGGGGCAGAUGAAGUGCUCAGCCGAUACUACAGCGAUCGCUCAGAGAUCGCGUCUACCUUCCACAAACUCCGCAACACCGGCAUCAAGUCUGAUCUCCUUCGCUACAUGCUUCUCUUCAACGAGGGAGGCGUAUACACUGAUAUCGACACCAUCGCGCUCAAGCCGAUCGACAAAUGGGUGCCCCAAGACCACCGCGACCGCAUUCGUAUGCUCAUUGGCAUCGAGUUUGACCAGGGCGAGGGGACCGGGUGGGUGGAUAUCCCGCACGAGCUUCAGUUCUGUCAGUGGACAAUCGCUGCAGCCCCCGGCCACCGUCUUUUAGCAAAGAUGUUGGACCACGGGAUCCGGCGCUUAGGAGAAGUCGUCAGGGAGAACAACUCGACCUUGGAAGAUCUCAAGCCGUCGAGUUUGGACGUGCUGACAAGCACGGGCCCGGCGGCAUGGACUGAUGUCGUCUUUGCUGAAUUGCGGCAGAUCGAGCCGGAGCUCAAAACACUGCGCGACCUGUCCGGGAUGACGGGCCCGCGGGUCUUUGGCGACAUCAUGAUUCUGCCCAUUGACGGCUUUGGUGUUGGGCAGCCGCACUCCAAGAGCACCAAUGACGGCACGAUUCCCGAGGCUGCUCUUGCCAAGCAUCUCUUCAGAGGCAGUUGGCGCCACGCGACUACGCCCAAAAUCAAAGAGGAGGAUAAAGGAGCUGAUAAGAAGGCCGAGAACGGCAAUGACAAAAAGAGUGAGGAUGCCAGUAUUGGCCACGAAACAGCGCAGGCGACACCCAGUCAGGAAGCCAACAACAACAACAACAACCAAAACACGACGGAGACAACCCAGCGUAAAGACGAUACCACCCAGCGGCGGAGAAGUGGAGAAGGCAUGAGAUAA